AUGGACCCUUCAAAUGGUUUACAGCAGAAUAUACCUACCAUUAUACAAUUUAUUGACAGAUUAAUCACCCGGCUUUCUGCAUGCAAACCUUAUCCCAACGUUGAAAUUCAACCAUCCACGCAGCAUCAACCAACUCAACGACAAAAUCCAUUUUCUGCUUUACCAGCCGCAGAACUGGCAAAAGUGAAGCCAUUGAUGCUAACACUUCACUGCCUCUUCCCGAAUGAGUUGCUCCUUGCUCUUGAUAUAUUGGAUCGUGGGCUAGUAAGACGUUUUGUGACGGGCGAUGCCAUCGACAACCCUACAGCAGAUUUACAUAAUCGGGAAAUACCAAUCUAUACCACAGAUCCAGUCGAAGACAUAUUCAUUGUUCUCUCCGCCUCUGCAGUGACUGAAGACAAAGGCUACGAAGUCCGUCUUCAAGCUUGGAAUUGCACCUGUCCAACCUUCACCCUCUCUGCAUUCCGGGAUUCAGAGUCCCCAACAUCCGAGAAUGCUAGUCCAACUUCGACUGCUAAUGAAACAAAUCUGGUUGAUCCACCCAAAGACCAGGGCGGUAAUUGUCAAUAUCAAUUCGGUGGAACAUUGACUCGGGGAUCAGCCGGACUGUCACCCCCGGUGUGUAAACAUAUUCUCGCUAGUAUCCUGACAGCGCGCUGCCCGGCGUUAUUUGGACGGGGAGCAGAAGAUAUCAAAUCUGUCAGCGCGAGGGAAUUGGCCGGCUGGUGUGCUGGCUGGGGUGGAUGA